UGGAUGCAUUUCCUAACUAAAAUGUGGCACCGUAGAGGAGCGUCCUGCUGUAGAUAAACACACACACGGUGCUAAUUAUACCUCGACUGACGUUCCUAAUGAAGCAAUAUGUUGGGGGCUGGACAAUCCAACAACAAGGUCAAGUAUUCACGGCUGGCAGCUGAUGACGACGGUUACAUCGACUUACAGUUCAAGAAAAGCCCGCCAAAGGUCCCCUACAAGGCAAUCGCACUGGCAAUAUUCCUGUUUAUGAUUGGCUCCUUAUUGAUAAUCUUCGGGGCUCUUCUUCUGUCAGGAACCAUAAAGGUGGAGAACCCAGACCGCACCAUUCCUGUCAUCAUCAUAGGGGUGCUCGUUUUCCUUCCUGGAUUUUACCAUUUGAGAAUCGCCUACUACGCCGCAAAGGGUUACAGGGGUUACUCGUAUGACGACAUCCCGGAUUUUGGCGACUGACCCCGACACUCGCCAUACUUUAUAACCUAGACUGUUGCCUGCUGUUUACUUUCUGAAUGUAUGUAGCUAAUAAUUUAUCACUGGAGACACAUGUUUAGUUGUUUUUUGUAUGAUUCUGUGUUGUUUAUUUAAAGCUCUGUGUUGUAUUAUCUUCCACACAAAUGCUUGAAUUACCUUAGAGGCUUUAUAUAUAUAUAUAACUUUAUAAAGAAAGAGCCAAACACUUAAUGAGAAGGGGACCUGUUGCGGUACAGCAACAUGUCGCUGAUGUAUAAAUAAGUGUUGAGAUGAGAGAAAACACAGAUGCCUUUUUAAAGUUACUCCUGCUAGACCAUCCAUGACCUGAAUGACUGAUAAGCUUUGUUUUCUUUGCACAGUUGCACUGCUGUUUUUAUAGUAUAUCAUAAAAAGAAGUAUUUAUUUGCAAUUGUAGUCUAUACCAUUUUAAUGCAAAGCUCAAACGGGCUGAUAUUUCCCUUGAAAUAUCAUAUUUGCAGUGCUAUCCAAAGAUUGAUUACUUUGUCGAGGUACACUAUAUUUUUAACUGAAAUGUAUUACUUUGUGUAUGAAGUCUUGCUGUUUGUGCAUAUUCAAUUGACUUUGAAUAUCAAAGAAAGAUGUAUUUUUACAUGCAUUGCCUGAUUUAAAAAAAUAAAAUUAAGUAAAGGAGAAAUCUA